AUGGGGAAAUCGUUGGGGUUAAGCUCGCCGGAGCUCAAGGCCCUCAGUCUUCCUUCUUCUUUGCGUUUUCUCCUCGGCGUGGAAUAUGACGUUUUGAUGUGUGUGACGGAAGUAGGCAAGCGCCAUGCGUGUACGAUUAGCUUCCCUACUCUGGGAAAUAACUUUCAGAAGCUUCUUGAACUUUGCGCGGAGCGUUUUGGUCUUGUCUGCACACACCAUAGCGAUCAUUCACUCCUCUCUGGGACGGCUGUGAUACCACCGUUACGCUACAUUGACUACUUGCCAGGGGCUCUACACGCGGAAGAAUUGCUGAGUUGUCUUGGCGUGAAACCUGUAACGACUCCAAGGCGUCAUGGAGCAUCGGCACAUCAAUUUGUAGCAUCAUUUAUUGAUUACAGUGAGUACAGUACAGAUGCUUCACUUGCUGAUGUGCAUGGCACUGGGUUUUACAUGACGCUGGAUCACGGCCUUUCUCUGGCAACCCAUAGCCAUCUUGUGAAGAUCAGCUUUUACAAGGGAUUUAGUUUGGAAGAGGCACUUCGAGAAUUUGAGGAGUUUAGUGGGUGGAGUACAUUUGAUAUACGCUUUGAAGAUGUGGAUGACAAGCUUGCAGGCGGAGUCAUUGUGAUGCCUUCUGUUCAGGAUGCGUGUGAUCUGUUUGAAAAGUAUGAGGAUGAAGACUCCGACGAUGAGGGGGAAAUACUACCAUUUAUGCUUCGUCCGGUCGCCCCACUCACGUCGGUGCCUUCUGUGGAGGAUUCCGCCUUGAAAAAAUUGCGGGAUCAGCAGUGGGGGGAAAUUGAAAAAUUUUGGGAACGUUUUCCAAGGUGGAAAAACUGUGUUGUGGUUUCGAACCUCUACGACUCUGCUUCACUGGAGGAGAUGCUUCCCCUGUUUAAGGGCCUCACCGUCACGGCCUCCUCGGUGGUGGAGGACAACUCGCCCGCACGACGACGUCGCAUUUUUGUGACCUUUGCUGCCUCUGAUGACGCCAAAAAAGCGCUCUUUGUGGACGGCAAGAGCACAAAGGGGAAAACGUUGCGGGUGCAGGUGUCACCGCCGUACCUCGACGAAAGUCGUCGGGGGCGCGUGCUGGGAAGUCUACCGGCCUCGAUUUCAGAACUGUCCGCACAACAGACAGGGACGGAGAUGCAUCCGGGGUCUGUGAGUCCUCCUGCUAACGUGGAGGAAAAACAUGACGUUACAGCCGGCGGAAACCCUGAGGCCUCCUCCACAACGGCGGGAAGGGAAGAAAGUAGUAAAAAAGUUGGUGAGGAGAAAAACUGGAAUGCACCUGUGUUGUCAAACAACGCACUGGCGCAAGCUUCAACCUCAGUUGCCACGCCAGUUACGCUCGCAGCUAGGGAGGGAGGGAACCAAAAGACAACUGUAUCGCUGCCAAAACAACCGAACUGUAAUGCACCUGUUUUAGCGUCUACGAUGAAUGCGAAUGCCAGAGAGUUUGUUCCGUCUUCAACAUAUCAGUCAGCCGCCACCUCAACUGAGUUCUACCCGUCGCCAAUGCCAAUGGCCUUUAUGCACGAGAGUUACGGAACACCUCCUCCUUGUUACCCUGCCAUCGCUGUGACGCCUGUUAGUGUGGUUGGUCCAAUGGCUGCGGUGCACCGAGGUUCAAGGGGCGGGACGGCCCCACCACCGUACGCAUUGCCACCACCGUACGCUAUCGCCACCGGGCAAAAUAUACCCAUGGUGUCCCCGCCACCGCCGCCGCCACCACCACCACCACCACCACCACCGAUGCCGCCGUCGACAUUACCACAUAUUUGA